AUGAAAACAGCAGAGCUGGUAUUUAUCCCUUUCCCCGAAGCCGGCCACAUUUUUUCGUCGGUGGAGAUGGCAAAGCUCCUUGCCGGCCGAGACCAACGCCUCUCCAUCACCGUCCUCAUCAUGCACCUUCCCUUCGAGACCAAAUUCUUCAAACCGGACACGUCAAACCCCCAAAGGAUCCGUUUCGUCGAUAUCCCCCUUGACGAAUCUGUCAUGGAAAGCAUCUCCAAGGAACGCCCCCACUACAUCGCCGACGCUGUCGACUUCUUCGGGCUCCAGAAGCCCCAAGUUAGAAACGCCGUGUCACAAUUAAUAUCCGAGUCUUCUGAAGCAAGUCAGCUUGCCGGGUUCGUGAUCGACAUGUUCACCACCUCCAUGAUGGAAGUGGCCGACGAAUUUGGUGCUCCGACUUACGCCUUCUUGACCAGCGGCGCUGGCAUUCUUGGUCUCGUCUUCCAUCUCUACACUCUUCAGGAGGAUUUCGGUAAAGAUUUGGACGAAUAUAAGGACUCAGACACUGAGUUGUCGGUUCCUGCUUUCUCCAAACCGGUGCCCGCUAAGGUCCUGCCCGCGGUGGUGUUCGACAAGGAAACCGGCGGGUUGGCCAUGAUGAAUAAUUUUGCGAGUAAGUUCAAGAAAACUAAAGGAAUCCUGAUCAACACGUUCGAAGAGCUAGAAUCUCAUGCGGUCAAAUCUCUCCUCCAAGACCACACAGUUCCAACUGUUUAUCCGGUGGGGCCCAUCGUCAACCUCGACAACAAAAAAUCAGAAGAGGCAAUAAUGACCUGGUUGGAUGAUCAACCAGCGUCGUCAGUGGUGUUCCUGUGCUUCGGUAGCAAGAGUAGCUUCAAGGAGGAUCAGUCGAAGGAGAUUGCCUAUGCGCUGGAACGCGCUGGCCACCGGUUCUUGUGGUCCAUAAGGACAUCGCCAGCAAAGGGCAAAUCGGGGGUGCCAGGUGAGUGCGAAAACCCGAAGGAAUUCCUCCCAGAAGGGUUCCUGGAACGAACGGCUGACAUUGGGAAGGUGAUAGGGUGGGCCCCACAGGUGGCGGUACUAUCACACCCUGCCGUGGGGGGUUUCGUGUCGCACUGUGGAUGGAACUCAACGCUAGAGAGCCUUUGGUUCGGAGUGCCAACUGCGACUUGGCCGUUAUACGCGGAGCAGCAAAUAAAUGCGUUCCUGAUGGCGAGGGAUUUUGGAUUGGCGGUGGAGAUUAAGCUCGACUAUAAGCAGGAAUCUUUCCCGGGAGAUGGGCCUCCCGUGCUAGUGACGGCAGAGGAGAUAGAGAAUGGAAUAAGGCGACUGAUGGAGGGAGAUGAGACUGUUGAAAUUAGGGAGAGAGUGAAGAAAAUGAGCGAGAAGAGCAGGAGCACUUUGAAGGAGGAUGGAUCAUCUCACGCAUACCUGGGCCAGUUUAUCAAGGCGGUGGUUGACAACGUUUCUUAA